AUGCAGAGCAGUGACGGACCGUACGCCGAGGAGGCCAGCAGCGACGACGAGGAGUGGGAAACAAAAUCGGUACACCGAUUUAAGGUGGCCACGCAGUUGCUUCACCACGACAAAAAGGGCGAAUCAGGGACGGCAUCACGGCAACAAAGAAGGUGCGGCAGGAGAGCAGGGGCUAACGAGGGAUCCGAGAAGCUGCAGGUGCUGUCGCGGGAAGACAUGUUGCACUACGUGGAUGUGAGAGAUGCGUGGGACCGGCAGGAGUGCGAGUGCUGCUUCGACCGCGCCGUCAGCUACCGCGCACAGCUCGCACUUCGCAUGGUGGGCCUGGCGGGAUUCCGUUCCCUCCUUCUGGCGCAUUCGCCUGACUCCAUCCCGCUUGUCCCUUUGAACCAUCCAUCCAGCUCCAUUGCUGAGUAUUCUGCAGGGGUACACACGAAGCCUCUAGAGUGUUCGCCGCCUCAGCCGGUGUUGGGCGUCAAGUGCGUGGUGGCGCCCAUGCGCUGUGCCGAGGCCAUGAUUCUCGAGUGGAUGGCGGAGCCUUGUGUGGGCGUGCUCAUGGACCUGGGGAGGAUCAGAUCCCGCCUGCCUACCAUUCUGGCCGCCACAGAUGCUGCUACAACUGCGCCUGCCCCUGCAACAGCUGCUGGUUCUGCUGCUGCUAAUGGAACCUGGGCUGCUCGCUGGGAUGCCUACCGUCGGGCUGUCAGCUUCGCUGCGUUCCUCGUGCUAGUAGCGAGGUGCCCGCGUGUUGUGAACUUGAGAAGGGUGUCGCUGUCUGCAAGCUCCGCCGCUUAUACUGCUGUCGUGCAACUGGGAACGGCCAGGCAGUUCGAAACCGACUGCUUAGCGUCCAUGCUGGUGCAGGUGCUCGGGGUGAAGGAGAGAGCUGAGCUGCAGGAAGGGGUUGGGUUCUACGUGCAGCAUGUGCUGUCAGGCGGGCUGGAGAAGGUGCACGCGGAGGGGAGGGGAGGACCUGGGGGGGAAUCUGCUGAGGAUGCGCAGGGGGAGGAGGGACAGGCGGAUAGCGAGGGCAUGUAUGUGAGUGGAGUAGGCGCCACGGAUUUCGCUCUUGCUUUGGCCCUGGAGUUGUCCAAGCCAGAGAGCUGUAUGGAGGCAGUUCUGUACAUGCUGGACGGGAACGAUGCCAACAAGGAAUUGCGGUUCAGGAGGAAUGAGUGGAGAGUGGACAGCAGCAGACAUGCAUGGAAAGCAGACACGAGUGGGGCAGCAGACACAAGUGGGGCAGCAGACAUGAGUGGGGCAGCAGACACGAGUGGGGCAGCAGACACGAGUGGGGCAGCAGACAUGAGUGGGGCAGCAGACACGAGUGGGGCAGCAGACACGAGUGGGGCAGCAGACACGAGUGGGGCAGAAGACACGAGUGGGGCAGCAGACACGAGUGGGACAGCAGACACGAGUGGGGCAGCAGACACGAGUGGGGCAACAGACACAAAUGGGGCAGCAGACACGAGUGGGGCAGCAGCAGACAUGUGUAGGCCAGCGUAA